AUCGAAAGUACAAAACUUCGAUUAUAACUAGAUCUAGAUUCUAGAUCUAGAUUUAAAUCAACUAUGAUCAACACCACACACAAUAGCUAGAUCUAGAUCUAGGCCUAAAUUAAAUAAACUACACUAGUGAAUUUGGAUCAAGUCCAAUGUCCUCCAAACAGUUUGAUAGUCUCUAGCGAGACUGAAUGAACUGCUGAGCCAUAUAUAACAUAGUGUGAUCUCCAACUCAGUAGAACAAGCCUCUGCCUCUCCAUAGUCUCUUCAAUGCAGUACAACACAAGUUUGUCUGCUGCCAAUAAGUUGGCACCUAGCAAAAGUACUGUAUAUGUAUCAAAUUUGCCAUUUUCACUGACAAAUAAUGAUCUGCAUAAAAUUUUUGAGAAAUAUGGCAAGGUUGUCAGGGUAACAGUCAUGAGAGAUAAAAAUACCAGGAAAAGCAAGGGAGUGGCCUUUGUUCUGUUUCUUGAUAGAGAUGGAGCCUACAAUGCAGUGAGAGCAUUACAUAAUACAAAGAUGUUUGAUCGAACAAUAUCUUGCAGUAUAGCAAAAGACAAUGGAAGAGCCCCAGAAUUUAUUAGACGCAGAGAGUAUGUUGACAAAUCCAGAUGUUAUGAAUGUGGAGAAGAAGGGCACCUCAGCUACAAAUGUCCCAAAAAUUUACUAGGUGAAAGAGAGCCUCCACCGAAGAAAAAGAAGAAAAGAAAGCAUGAUGAUGAAGAUUGUGAAGAAGAUCAUAACAGUGAGAGUGAUGACAAUGAAAACAGUGCAGCUAUGGAGGAAUCUCUGGCAUUGGCUAUAAAAUACCAGCAAGCUAUGAUGGCACAAGAGACAACUUUUGAUCAUUCAGACAACAUUGAAUCUACAACAAAGAGAAAAAGAUACAAAAAAGAUGCUUAUUUUAGUGAUGAAGAAGAGUUGGAUGAUUAAUCCAAUAGAAUAGGCAUAGACACUUCUUCAAAAUUUAGAUUGUCUUACAGAGGAAUUAUAAGUCCAGCAGUGUAAAGUUAUGAAUGAAUGUAACUUUUGCUACCACAAGUUUCAUGAAUUUGACAAUUUUGACUCUUAGCUGAUGUAAAUAUUUUUUAAGAGGAAAACCUGGCCUUUCUCCUCAGAUAUCUGACUGUACAAAUGUAUAUAUGCCUUAUACUUGUAAUA